AACAAUGGACUGCUAUACUCGCGCUGACCUUAAAUGCAUUCGCUUCGCAGCCUAUUUUGUCUGUGCCAUGCAGUAAAUGGAAAAAUAUCGUUAUCCUAUGCAAAAUAUUUUUGUUCAUAACCCUUUCUCAUGUAUCAUACCCGCUGUGCAAGGGAACGAAAAUUCGUUUUUCAGUGUCCCUGUGCCGUUGUCAUCUCAACCCAAACGGGGGCCACUUCUUCAAGAUCCAUGUCCAACCUUCAAUCCACCAACAAGCAGUAUAUCGAGUUCAUUUACAUAAAGUGUGUUUAUUAGGUCCUUCAAAUGACAUCAUGCAAACGUCAUUAUGUGAAGUAAAUUUGGAUGAUGUCCCGAUGGAAAUUGUUACUUCUGAGGAAGACUCUGGAUCCGAAUAUGCUGAUGCUUUCCUCUCCGCAUACACAGAGUCAGACGAUUCAGUUGUUCAGAACGUAGGUUUACCUCAUUUGUUAUUUAUUUCUGAAGUGCUCAGCAGAAUUAGAUGAAAUCGAACUCAGAAGUCGUGCACUAAGGAGUAUGUUGCUCCAGAAAAAAACCGCUUCAGGGAAUGAAACUCAACCGAAAACUGAUCUCCCACUGCUUCAUAACUUACCUGAAGUCAGGAAUGCUUUUUCAAAAGUCAAGGCAUCAUGUAAUUCAUCAACUUUAAAACAUAAGCAGAAAUUCGUAAUUACGUUACAUGAAUCAUCAGAUAGCGAUGACUCACCUAGUCAACCUGUUGGUGCUGUUUUCAAAGGUUCUACAGCAAAGAAAUGCGCUUCUAAACCUCCAAUCAUAGUGAAUAUUCCUAAUCAAUCAAAGAAAAUCAGUCGUUUUCAUCAAGAAGAAAAAAUGUUGUUGCAACGAAAAAUGGAGCUUCUCAGAUUGAAACUAACUGUUAAACGUCAACAACACUUAAUAGAUGAACGACGUAAAAUCGUUCGGAAGUUAUCAACUACGUUAUCAGAACUUCGUAGGCGCAGUAAGCAUACAGCUUUGUUGUAUAAAGAAGCUAGUAAGUCUCUUCUCAAGGCCCAACGUACAAAUGCUACAUAUCAGCGGAAACUGGCUUCAGCCCAAAAAUUAUAUUCAGAUGUGCUUAAUUCUGUAAACCGCUCCACUGCGGACAUAAUACAAACAGGCUUUGCUUUAUCAUCUGUAAAUCUACGCAGAGAUCUUAUUAUUUUGUCUCUAGAUGUUCUGCAAAGAGCGAAAGUGGUUACGUGGUUUCUUGUUCACUAUCAUUUUAACCCAACUACAUCGAAGUUUAACAUAAAAAGCGUGAAGCCGGUGGCAGCCGUAAAACCAAGUUCGGAAACCUUACUGGAAUUAGAUCCAUUUCGCCCGAUUUGCCCAUUUUUUCUCGAUGGUGAAUGUCUAGACAAAACAUGUAUAUUUCAGCAUCCCAAAAAUUCAACUGUUAUAAAAACAAGACCAAAGACUCUUCCCUCUUCACCUGUGGUUACUACGGAUUCUGUUUCUCUGCUUGGCGAGGAAAAUAAAGGGAAAUAUGAUGACGUGUAUUGUGAAGUGUGUAAAGAGAAUUUGACCGUAUCUGCGUCAGAUUUUUCUCAGUCACCAGAAAUGCAACGUUGGCAUGCAGCUUAUCUUGCAUAUUUACGUUCAGAACCAAAAAGCUCUUCCAUCCUUCUUAAAUUCUUAAGCGACCUCGAAAAAUCCUCAUUCCCUGCAGACUUAUGUGCCCAUCUAGUAUUCGGAUUUUUGCUAUGUUCUAAUAUGGAUCAGAUAACAGUUAAGCAAAAGCUUUUUGAUUGCCUAAAAUCCUCUGGUUUUCCAUUACAUGCCUGUAGAUUAGCAUUGCGACAUUCCAAUUUAAGCAUACCAAUCCGCAGAUCUAUAAUUCAAUUGUCUCUGGAAUAUAUAACUCUUCAAUUCCAGCUAGAUGCACAAGCAAAUCAAGAGUCAAAUUUUGAGUCAUCUUUCGCGUACUUCGUUUAUCAGUGGUGUUUACUUGAACAAGAAGUUGGUUUACAUAACAAGGUAAUAACCAUCCUAAAACAUACUCUCAAAUCAUUACCUAAGGAGAACAAGCUAAUUUAUUUCUUGUGGUGGUUACGAUUAUAUCACCAACUAAACGGCACUUUACCCCAAGAGAACCUAUUUUCUACUGCCAAUUCACCAUGCUUCUCCAAAACAGUCCUUCUAUCUAACCUGGAAAUUAUUGAAAUGGCAGCCACUGAAACUGGCAUUUCUAAAAAUUUAUCUCAGUUACUGGAAUCAUUUGAAAAUAUUAAGACUGAUAUUAGCUUCACUUGCUUUCUGUAUAUCACUCAUUUAUACAUCCAAACUCUUAAUGCAGAUUCCAAAUUUAAAACUGCAGCAGAUAUAGCACUCACAGUAGCAUUACAUUCCCCUGAGUUUGUAGAUGAUUUGUUUUUCCCAUCUGCAGUAUAUUCUCUAUUUUCCUUAGAUUCAUCUCUUGACUGGACAAGCUUGAUAAGUAAUGUACCUGACAAUUUACGAGUUAACCUUAAUUUGGCCCAUCGGAUUGAAUUUGGAUUCUUGAUAACAUGUUUAAAUUGGCGUAGAAAAACUUUAAAUUCUACGGAAUUCCAUCUUAUCGAGUGUUUAGGCAACUUAAUCUUCCUUCCAAAAGAUGAUUGCGAAAGCGUUAUUUCAGCGUAUGAAAAUUUGUUGAAUAUAAAGUCCAGUAAUAGCAGUCUUGUUAACUUUAAAGUAUGUCCACGAAGUUCCACAUAUUUAUGGCUCAGUUAUUGUCUGUAUACCAUUAUUCAUUGCCUAAAUUAUGGUGAAGUUUUAGACCACUUGAUUAGUCACUAUAAGUCAUGCAUCAGGAAUUGUGCAAACGAAGAUCCAAAUUAUGUUUUCAUUCGUCUUCUAGCCCUAAUGAGUAUCUUAUUAGCAAGUCAUGUGAAUCAGAUGGACAAUUCAACUUAUCCUAGUAUCAUAAAGUUACUGUUUAUCGAUAACCCUUUCAAGUUGGAUCGUAAGUUACUUCCAGCGUACUUUCUUGAAUCAAUUCAACAAAUUAAUUUAGGGCUUCUUCCUCCUGGGAUUCGUCACGAUAUAUGUGUGCAACUUGUUGAAAUAUAUGGUGCUUCUCUGGUUCCUUCUUUGUGUCGGACUUUAUGUGCUCUAGGCGACCACUUUUUAGCUCAAAGUCUGUGUGCAAUCGGAUGUUUAGAUAGACCCGAUAAUGAAGACUUCUGGCUUUUGUAUGCUUCUACAACAUUUAAAACCCUCUCACAUAUACGAUCAUCUGAACAGUUAUCAACUCUUCUAGAAAUUCUAAUAAAUGCAACUUCUGUGGUCACCUCAAGUUCUCGACUUUGGAAAUAUUAUGCACUUGCUGUUCGCAUUGCCAAGGUAUCAGUAGAGCAAAUAACGAGCCGUGCGAAGUCUGUUGGGAUGUAUGAUCUCAUUUCUAGUAGUCUGAACGAUGACAACCCUACGAAAUUUUUAUCGGAACUUGGGCUCCUCUGUGAUGAAAGAUCUAUGGACAGAAAAAGUUAGGAUUGAACCAUUAAAGUAAGUUAGUUCAGGAAAGUUAUAUUGUAAUAUCCUUAUUUUCAAAUUUGGUUUUGAUAUCUUUAUAUCCGGUUUUUUAAUAAAAUGGAUCUAAUUUUAUUUAUCGUAUUUGUUCGUCUAACCGUUUAUUUAUCUGCUCUUCGGUGGUUUACAACAUUUGUUUUUCUAGAACUUUCUGCAGGCCUUUUUGUCAAGUUUAAUAAAAAGCCAAUCAUUGUUAAUUUCUGGAAAACACUAGUUUGCUGUUCGUUUUGCUGACCAUUUGUUGAUACAGCAUAGGAUAACAAACGUAAUUUAUCACUAGGGGACUUAGCUAAGGUAGUUUGAAACUUACCACUAUGACUCAGGUACAUUUAUUCUUUUAUUUUCUCCAAUCUUGAGCAUAAUACUACCACAUACUUCCCAUUCCCAAACCUCACUUGUCCCUUCUAAACUGUCUCAUAUUUGUAGUUUCCCGCAAAGAUAAGUAUUUUCAUUUUCAUUUUGCUGGUCUCAUAUUAAUAAAUGUAAGUUUUGAAAAUUUAGAUUGACAUAAAUUUGUGCCGAAUUACAUAAUCUUUUUACUUCUAUCUGUCAAUGUUGUAUCCCCUGGCGAAUUAUGAAUCAUAAAUCUGAUGUCCAUUUAUGGACAAAUGUAAUACGCCUAUUCCUAUUGGAUAGUUGUUAAAUGAGUAACCUAAAUCUGAUGUCUAUUUAUGGACAAAUAUAAUAUGCCUAUUCCCUAUUGGAUAGUUGUUAAAUAAGUGACCUAAUCGUUCCGUGUUCCUCUUAUCAUAACCUUUAUUUUGACCUUGGAACUAUUAUUAUUGAUUACUUUCCUCCUAGCUACAGCCACAUUGGCCAAUUACUGUACAAAUGUUAUUUUUCUAUUUUUUGGUAUAAUUGGGUCUGUUUGGUUAGUAUAUAUAACCCAGUGUGCUUGUGAAUAAGGAUUCAUAUUACCGAGGCUGUUAUUUGUGUUCUGGACUCAACUGGCUGGGCUAGGCAGUUAGGAAGGACCGAAUAGCAAUCAAGGCUGCUCGUACGUAUUUUCUGUAUCAUUGCACGUUUCAUAUACAAUAACGAGCUGUUAUACAUCAUAACACAAUCAAAGUAAUGCCAACCUAAUUUGUUGCUUCUGGAGAAAUGGGAUUUUGUUGAUAGCCAUUAGAUAGUAUAGACUUUUUCGUGGAGUGAGUCUCCAGGAUCUUCAGUUUAUGCUUACUAAAUUGUUACAAAUUUCCUGCGAUUUGCCACAAACAGCAUGUUAAUACCAGUGAAUUUAGGCACACUGCCCAACACAAGAGUUAGGGGCGGCCAAACGAAAACAUGGCAUCAGUGCUUGAAGUCACUAACUUCUAGUCUAAGCCAUGUUGGUAGAUGCAGACUACGUGGUUGGGGUCCGCGUGACUAUCGUAACCAAUGGUUGGAGACUCUAGGUGACAUUGCUCAGAAUCGAUCACAAUGGCGUAGGUGUAUACACUCUUUAUCUUCCCUUAAACCUUGAGAUUAAAAUUGCUUCAUAACUUUUUUUCCUUCCUAUACUAUAUCCUUAUAUACAACUUUUCUUUAUAUACUACCACCACUAAAUUAAUUACGUCUAUGUAUCCGGUGUUGAUCUUGUUGUGCUAACGAAGUAUGGCAACUUGGACCGAUGCAUAUAUGUGCCUGGUCCUACGUUGUCGCUGACUGACUGCCCAACACAAACUUAGUAUUAGUGCUUGACAAAUAAUGUCAGUUGAUGGACACAAUAUAAGUAUUGGAUUAGUUUUCUCAAAUGUUUUCGGGAUCCAGUACUCUGUUUCUGUCUGGCUAACUAUUGCUAGGACAGAUCGUUUCUGUAUGUUCAAACUUAUUUAUCUUGUUUUUGUAAUUUAUUGCUGUCUGGCUAAAUGUGACUUCAUAUUUUUAUCCACACUUGUUUAAGCAGAUUUAAUAGCAACUUCACAUAAUUUCAACCUACCUUUUAUUAGACCUGGCUACUUUCAUACAUUUUCAUGUAUUUUGAGUACGUACAUGUUGCAGCGGGAACGUUUAUAAGAGAUAAAGACAGUGUUACAAAACAGAAAACAUCUAGUCCUAAAAUAUUUAUGUGUUCCCCAACUCAAAAUAGUUGUUUUCGACAGUUUAUAGUCAGUCAAACGUUUUUGCAUACCUUUCUGUGUCUUCUGUUAUUGUUUUCCAAACGCUUUAGGAUUUCAUCUAUCUAGUGGCAUCAAUUGUCUGUUCAUAAAUCCCAUCGUGGUUACUUUCCUGACGAAUUCCGUUUUGAAGCUAACUGAUAGGAGUAUUCCUCGCUAAAUAGGAAUAUAUCACACAUUGUCAUAGUAGUCUAGAGCGACAAAUAGUCGUCUAUUUUUAUUAACAGGGUGUAAAUGUAAGAUUUCGAAAUAAUGAUAUCGAUAGUAGCAAGGAACGAAACAUAUAGAAUGUUUCCAAAGCAACGAAUGAAAUUGGCAAAUAAAGUGUGAUGUUGACCCCUAAGAUUCAGUUGAUAAACGCAUUUUUAUCGCUUCUAUUAAUAAUACCUUUAUCAUCCUGUUAAUUUCCUCUCCCUCUAUGCUAGAGUGUAACAACUUCGAACCGGUAAGUAUUCGUCUCAAUUCCUACACUGAAUAUGAUUAUGACCAUUAAAUAUGUUUACGUCACACACCCCGAUCAGAAACUAUGCACGUUCUUGGAUUAUUACACUUGAAUUUCUAGUUACUAAACUUCAGAUUCGGAAUUGUUUAACAGAUAGUUGUUCCUGAAGAUUGCCCGAUUAGCUUGGCGUUCUGUGUAUGGGAAUAGGUAUUUAGUGUCAUUGAUUUAGGUUUCUCACAUGCUGCCAAAACAUAUCUGUGUCCCCACAAUUCAAGCAGUUGAAACCUAAUGUAUGGGACAAACUGGACACUUCAGGUGUGCAUAAAUAUCAUGGGCAUAAAACGUUGACAUUUCUUGAGAUAGAUCAUUUGUUUUUAUUGAUAAUUUUAAAGAGAACUGAAAUAGUGAAGAUAUGUCUUACACUUUCGCAACCGGUAGUGACAGCUAGAUUGAUUUUGCUCAGAUUCUAUGCAAUAAUUUGGUGACCGUAAUUUAGGCAUUCAACCAUCAUUACAAAAGUUUUUCCAGUCAAGUUAUCUUAGGUAAGUGUUGCUUUACUCAACUUUAUUGUUGAUGAUGACGGUAUUAUUGUUGCUUCUUUUGUAGUUAUUGUUCUCAUAAUGAUAUUUUAGCAUUACAAAGAUUAUUUCUCAUUUAGUCAUUGUUCUGCAUAAAUUUUCAGGAGAGUUACAUACACCAAUUUUAAUGCUGGGGACAUUUUGGUUUGUUAAGUGUAUGUAUAUGUAGAGUCCAAUAGACCGGUAUGAAGAUCGCUUUCGGUCAUGAACUGUACAGUAAUUUAUAUAUGUAAAUAAAAUUCCAUUUGUAAACAAUUACUAAAAG